AUGCUGCGACAGACUCUGGCACGUUCGGCUUGGCGGAGUGGCAGGCGGACCGCCUCCAACGCCGCCAGAGCCUUUUCCGUGACAGCUCAACGGCCCGCCGAGGUCGAGCUCACAAUUGAUGGCAAGAAGGUGUCUAUAGAAGCUGGCUCGGCUUUGAUCCAAGCGUGCGAGAAGGCGGGAUCAACAGUUCCAAGAUACUGCUACCAUGAGAAGUUGAUGAUUGCAGGAAACUGUCGUAUGUGCCUGGUCGAGGUCGAGAGAGCACCAAAACCCGUCGCAUCAUGCGCAUGGCCAGUCGCACCCGGCAUGGUCGUCAAGACCAACUCGCCGCUCGCACACAAGGCACGAGAGGGUGUGAUGGAGUUUUUGCUGGCCAAUCAUCCCUUGGACUGCCCCAUUUGCGACCAGGGUGGCGAGUGUGACCUCCAGGACCAGUCCAUGAGAUACGGCGGAGACCGUGGCCGAUUCCACGAGAUCGGUGGCAAGCGAGCCGUCGAGGACAAGAACAUCGGGCCUUUGAUCAAGACGUCGAUGAACCGUUGCAUCCACUGCACAAGAUGUAUUCGGUUCGCAAACGAUAUCGCGGGUGCUCCUGAACUCGGCUCAGCGGGCCGUGGCAACGACAUCCAGAUCGGAACCUACUUGGAGCAGAACCUCGACUCGGAACUGUCCGGAAACGUAAUAGAUCUUUGCCCUGUUGGUGCUUUGACUUCGAAACCCUACGCCUUCCGCGCUCGUCCAUGGGAACUUAAGAAGACCGAGACCAUUGACGUGUUGGAUGGACUUGGAUCAAACGUGCGGGUCGACUCCCGAGGUCUCGAGGUCAUGCGUGUCAUUCCUCGGGUGAACGAUGAUGUCAACGAAGAGUGGAUCAACGACAAGUCACGAUUUGCCUGUGAUGGUCUGAAGACGCAGCGCCUUACCCUGCCUCUAGUCCGCCGGGAGGGCAAGUUUGAGCCUGCAGACUGGGAGCAAGCUCUGACAGAGAUCGCUCAGGCGUGGCAGCAGAAAACCCCCAAGGGCAACGAGUUCAAGGUUGUCGCUGGUGAGCUGACUGAUGUGGAGUCUCUGGUUGCCAUGAAGGAGCUUGCCAACAAGCUGGGCUCUGAGAACCUGGCCCUCGACACACCUACAGGCAGCCAGCCUGUUGCUCACGGUGUUGACGUUCGGUCCAACUAUCUUUUCAACUCGAAGAUCUGGGGUAUUGAAGAGGCGGAUUCUAUUCUCAUUGUCGGCAGCAACCCAAGACAUGAGGCUGCUGUUCUCAACGCUCGUAUCAGGAAGCAGUGGAUGCGCUCAGACCUUGAGAUCGGCGUGGUCGGCGAGUCUUGGGAUUCGACAUUCGAGUUUGAGCACCUCGGAACAGACUUGGACGCCCUCAAGAAGGCGCUUGCGGGACCCUUUGGCAAGAAGCUCUCAGCUGCCAAGAGGCCGAUGAUCGUUGUGGGCUCUGGAGUCACGGAUCAUGCUGAUGCCAAGGCCUUCUAUGAGACCAUCGGAGCUUUCAUUGACAAGAACGCCGCCAACUUCGUGACGGAGGAGUGGAACGGUUACAACGUUCUCCAGAGGGCCGCUUCUCGCGCAGGUGCCUUCGAGGUCGGAUUUGUGACACCCUCUGCCGAGGUCGCCGAGACGGCUCCCAAGUUCAUCUGGCUGCUUGGAGCUGAUGAGAUCAACGAAGCCGACAUUCCCAAGGACGCCUUUGUGGUGUACCAGGGCCACCACGGUGACAAGGGCGCACAGAUCGCGGACGUCGUUCUCCCCGGCGCAGCUUACACAGAGAAGAACGCUACCUACGUCAACACGGAGGGUCGCGUCCAACUUACCAGAGCCGCCACAUCACUGCCUGGCGCUGCCCGUACUGACUGGAAGAUCAUUCGGGCAGUGAGUGAGUUCCUCGGAGCUCCUCUGCCAUAUGAUGAUGUUGCUGCCCUGCGGGACAGAAUGGUCGAGAUCAGCCCUGCCCUGGCAGCAUACGACGUCGUUGAGCCUGUGGCAUUGCAGCAGCUUAGCAAGGUGCAAUUGGUGGACCAGAACAAGGGCGCAAAGGCCUCCGGCACGCCCCUCAAGCUCCCUAUCGAGAACUUUUACUUUACAGAUGUGAUUUCACGAAGCUCACCAACAAUGGCUCGUUGCUCGGCCGCAAAGGCUACUGGCGACCCACGCACCAACUUUAUGGCGCCGGGUAUGGAGGAGGAUAAGCCUCUUGGACAGGUCGCUUACGGUGCAUGA